AUAUGUUUUAUAAGCCAAUAACCGAAAGAGUCACUAAUGCAAUGUAAAUGCUUAAUGCUGGUUUAAACGGGAAAUAUACAUAUCCGCAUUAAAAUCCAAAAUAUAUUCUACCUAAUCCAAUACUGUGCGCUGGCAUUAAAGUAUUUUGUAUUCUUUACAAAUUAAGUCAACAGUAUUCACCUAAUUCUAUUUUCAACUGUGCCGAUCGACUGUUAUAUUUUCAAGUACUCGUAAAUAUGUAUGACGCAUUGAAGGCAGACAAUUUCGAUCGAGGUUUGUGUGUUUUGAAUGUUUUGUAUUGGCUGGUUGUUGGCGCUUGACGGAAACGGCGGUGAUAGCGAUAUUAGUUGUGUGUUCACAGUUCUUUCUGAAGGGUUGAUUGUGCCAGCAGUUGUUCGAUAUCUUCGACAUAGCGAUAAUGAGUAGCAAAUAUUCGAAAAAUACCGAAAAGUUUGUGUUGCUUUCACUUUUUGUCGGCGCACUCAGCGCAUUGCCAGCGUUAUCUGGUGCAGUCUCUUUGACGUGGGGUCAGGUGAGCAAGUAUGCCUCGCCUAUUUACGAUGAAGAAAUUAAGCUCACUGAUAACAUGCCGUUAGUUGACGUUACGUAUCCACGACAGGGUGACACCAACGAGUACAUCAUAACCGCAAUGCACGCAUUCGACGCGAAAACACCACUGUACACGACAGCAGAUGCGGAGCGCGCGGCCGAUGCACAUUUGGCAACUGUGGAUUCUGCAAGGGUUACGGUUUUGCGCGGCGGCGUUGGCUUUAAUUACACGACAUUACGAUUUGAAAUGCCAACGCCCGCUUAUCAUCCAUCAGCUGCAGACAGCGCCCCGAGCAUUGGCGGCCAUCCUGACGGCGGCAGCCAUGCGGGGCGUAGUAAUAACUUACGUGCACACUAUCAGCUCGUUAUUUACGGGGUUGAUUUAUAGCGUGAAUAAUCUUAUAAUACACUUUUCUUCUAUUCGCAUUUCAAAUAUUCAUAGACGAGUUUAGUUAAGUAAUGGUUAUAUUUCAAAUAAGUUAUUUUAUAAAUAUAAGACGCAAUAAUAUUU